UACGCGAUAUAAAACUUAAAACACUUCGAUGUAAUUUCAUACAUUUUCUUGUCAGGUUUGCAUUGGAUAUCAAGGCCACGUUGAGAAAGAAAUAUGGAUUCCAAGGAGUUCCGGCGUUACGCUAAGGAGAUGGUUGAUCUGGUAGCCGAUUACAUGGAUACGAUCAGAGAUCGGCCGGUUCUGCCGGACGUGCAGCCCGGUUACAUCAAGCAACUCUUGCCGAGUUCUCCUCCAGAGGAGCCGGAGCCUUGGCGUAAUAUCCUCGCCGAUGUGGAGAAGGUCGUAAUGCCUGGAAUGACUCACUGGAAUUCACCCCAUUUCCAUGCUUAUUUCCCGACAGGAAAUUCUUAUCCUGCGAUGAUAGCCGACAUCUUGGCAGGUGCCCUUACUUGCAUUGGAUUCACAUGGAUAUCAAGCCCUGCGUGUACGGAAAUGGAAAUGGUAAUGUUGGAUUGGUUGGGAAAAGCACUAAAACUGCCUGCUCAUUUCCUGUUCGAAUCUAUGGGACCUGGAGGUGGUGUCAUACAGGGAACAGCAAGUGAGGCUACCUUAGUAGCGCUGUUAGGUGCAAGAAGCAGGGUCUUAAAUUUAUCGAAGGAUGCCAAACUAGAGAAGCUUGUCGCAUAUGCCUCAGAUCAGUCGCAUUCUUCCGUGGAAAGAGCAGCUUUGCUGGGUGCCGUUCGAAUGCGGCUUCUGCCUACCGACUCUCAACUUUCAUUGCGAGGCGACACGCUCUCCAAAGCCAUACGAGAGGAUCGAGAGAAUGGAUACAUACCUUUUAUGGUUGUGGCAACAUUAGGAACAACGAACACGUGCGCCUUUGAUAACCUUAAUGAAAUUGGCCCCGUUUGUGCUAGGGAGAAACUGUGGUUGCAUAUCGACGCCGCUUAUGCCGGAUCUUCUUUCAUCUGUCCGGAAUUCAGACCUCUUCUUGAUGGAGUAGAAUUCGCUGACACUUUCAAUUUUAACCCUCACAAAUGGAUGUUGGUGAACUUUGACUGCUCGGCCAUGUGGGUGAAGAACAGGCAGGACAUCACUGAAGCAUUUUCCGUUAAUCCCACUUACCUCAGGCAUGAUAAAGAAGGACUCAUUCCAGAUUACAGGCACUGGCAGAUUCCGUUAGGGAGACGUUUUCGUUCCCUCAAACUCUGGUUUCUCUUCAGAAUGUAUGGAGUAGAAGGACUGAGGAAACACAUUCGAAAACAAGUGGCACUGGCAAAAGAAUUCGAAAAAUUGCUGCACAAUGACGAAAGAUUUGAAGUAGUGGGACCAGUUCUUUUAGGAUUAGUUUGCUUCCGAAUAAAAGGACCGGAUUCGCUCAACGAAGAUAUUUUGAAACUGAUCAACGAAAGGAAAAAUAUCCACAUCACGCCUACUCGAGUCAGAGGACGUUACAUUCUCCGAUUCGCCAUCUGUUCCCGUUUGACAACCUCAGAUGAUGUCCUUUUUGCUUGGAAUGAAAUUUUAGAAGUGCUUCAUCUAGUCAAGAGCAAAUAAAAAUAAUCCUACUACGUUUAUCUCUGUAUUUAUCUAUUUUUUUGCCUAUAGUUAUUAAGAAAUAUCUGUUAUCUGCUUCAUAUCACACAAAUAAUAAUAGCAAGAGAUUCAGCUGAACUUGCAAUUUAUCGUUUCUCUGAGUGGCAGCAAUAUCUGACUGUUGUAAAUAUUUUAUAUUUGUUUAUGCUUUUAAAACAGUAACAAAUAAAAAUAUUUAGUCUAUACAAAUUUACGUCUUUCCUUCACCCCAAACAUUUAAUGUUGUGAUCUCUGUUAAUACUGUGAAUGAUGUAUAUUAUUUAAACAAUUAAUAAAUUUGUUGUCUGCGGC